UAAGUAUUUUCAUAUGCCGUUUUUCGGCCAGAAUUGACUUCAAUAGAAAAAGAAACGGUCAGUUUGGAAUCGCAUUGUCCAGCAUUGUCCUUUCCUUUCUUUAAUGGCGAUAAGAUUGACUUCAUUAGACUGAGAAACAAUGGAUUCUACGGAUUCGGUUGUGACUUGUCCUUACGAUAAAAAUCACCGUAUUGCAAGGAGUCGCAUUCAGAAACACAUUGUCAAGUGUCAACAGAAUUAUCCUGAAGGUUAUUUGGAAAUUUGUCCUUAUAAUGCAACCCAUCGAUUCUUUCGACAUGAGAUGCCAGACCAUAUGAAGAAGUGUCCAAUGCGAUGUUUCCUGCAUCUUGAAUUGCAUCAACGCACUCGCUCUCAUGGAUAUGUCAAGCGUACUCCUGUAGUACAACCAGAGUUACAAGUUGAAUGUGAUGAAAGUUGGGAUGGAGAUGAUGAUGUUGGAGAUUGGCAGAGUGAAACUUAUCAUAGUGUUCACUCAGAACGAUACAAGUAUAAUCAACAACCUGUCAAUACUCCUUUGGAAAAUGCUUAUGGAUCAAAACAUCUGAAAAAUGAUCCAACAAAGCUGACCAUACGAGAACCUCGUGGUUUGGCUGAAGCUGAAAUGAUCGACAUGGACUCCACUGUGGAAGAUGUAGAAUCAGUCAUAAGUGUAAUGGCAAUUGGUCGUGGUUCUGCAUCUCGUAGAGCACGCGAGUCGCUAAGUAAGAAACCUGGUUUAGGUAGAGGAAGUUCUUUCGACAAUUGAGAAGUUACUUUCACAUACCGUUACACCAUUAAUAUAUCUAAUGUAAUCUUAAAGUAUCCUACAUGAAACCAAAGUGAAAUUUACUUUUAUAUAUUUUUGACAAUAAGGAAACACUUGUAAUUGACAAUAGUCCUUAUGAAGUUCGAUUAUUAUAUAUAUAGUUAAUGUUUCAUGUCUAUUGAAUAGAUACACGGUCCUUUGAGUGUUUUUAUUUCUCAAAAUGAAAAUGACAUCGUAAUAAUAAUUAAUUACUUUAACUACAA